GCGAGACAGAGUUUUAAAUUCAACGCGAAUAAAAUUCUAAUAUAUGGUUGGAGCAUCGGAGGUUAUGCCGCAGCCCAUUUGGCGUCUCACUACCAAAACGUCAAAGGCCUGAUGCUGGAUGGCACUUUUGACGAGUUAUUGGAGGUCGCUUUGCAAGUGGCCCCAUGGUACAUGUCAAAACUUGUACGGGUUACCAUUGGCCACCAUUUCAACCUAAAUGUGGUUGCGGAGCUGCUUGGCUACGACGGCCCGUUGCGAAUUUUCAGACGAACCAACGACCAAAUUAUGGCACUACCUGGAAUAACCGUUUCAGAAAAUAGGGCUAAUGUUCUGCUCACCGUCCAUCUGAGGCAAAAAUAUCCUUUACUCUUUGACAACCAAAUUUCUACGGAAGCGUUUAGAGCCUGGUUGAAUCAGCGACAUGUAAAGACGGGAGGACAAUUAAUUACCAUUCUGAAUAAGCCCAUCAUAAUUCCCAUCAAAUAUAACAACAUGACGGAUCUUGAAAAAUCCACCCUCUUGAUAAAGAUCGCCGAGAAGACUUUGGUUGAUUUUGACGCUGAUCACAACGAUUAUCUUCCAAACCAAUUCUUUCUUCGACCCUGGGCGCCAGCGCCAUGA